UUGACUGCUACAUUACGAGUAGAGGCUGGCUUGACCGCAGUGACAAACGCGCUUCACUAAAUCUUCCAGAAUUUUUACUGAACGUGCAGAAGUCUCGCACAGGACAUCCAUCACUACUUUACUGGAAUAAACGUCAUUCGUUAAAUCUUCAUAUAUGUUUGAAGUUGUCUCGGUGCACGUUGAAGCGUCUCGGCCUAGCUUAGCUUGCUAUCCGCUAACAGACGCGUUCACAUCGCUAAGCAGAGCUCAAGUGUUUCAUUUGUCGUGUGAAAAUGUGUGCAAGACGGACAACAGACUACGAGGAGGUACUUUGUGGACUAAAAAAGGAGAACGAGCCACAACGCCAACUGCUGGACGUUUGCAAGAUGCAGUCUCGAAAUGUGUUACGCAGAGCAGACAUCAGUGAAGCUCUUCAUCCUGAUCACAAGGAGGCAGAGCCCCUUCACAUUAAAGAAGUGGAGGACGAAGAGGUCCACCAUAUCCAAGAGGAAGAGGAAUCAGAGCCCCCUGGCUUUAAAAAAGAGGAGCCAGAGCGCCCCCUCAUCAAACAGGAAGAAGAGCCGCAGCCCCCUCACAUUAAAAAACAAGAGGAUGAAGAGCGCCCCUACAUCAAACAGGAAGAGGAGGAGGAGGACAUCAAGUUGCCAUUGACCAGUGUCUCUUUGAAGAGUGAAGAUGAAGUUAAAAGUGAGGAGAACACAGGGGCGGAGCUUCCAAGCAGCAGCAGCUCAAGUCAACAGAUGACAACAGAAGUGGAUGGAGUUCACUGUGGAGGAUCACAAGUCAACGGCCUCAUCGCUCCACUAUCAGAUAGUGACGACACGUCACUCUCUUCUCACACUAAUGAACAGUCUGAAAGUGAUAAGACAUGUCACCCUGAAAACAAAUGCUGGAAAUGUUCUCAGUGUGGGAAAACCUUUGCUUCCAAGCAGUAUUUGAAAAGGCAUUUGAUGAGCCACACUGGUGAGAAAACUUUUGCCUGUUCAAUUUGUUGCAAAGGAUUCUCUCAAAAGGGAUACUUGAAAAUACACUCAAGAACACACACUGGAGAGAAACCUUUUGCCUGCUCAGUUUGCAGUCAAAGAUUCUCUAAUAAAGGAAGCUUGAGACGUCACGCAAGAACACACACUGGAGAGAAACCUUUUGCCUGCUCAGUUUGUGGUCAAAGAUUCACCAAUAAAGCUAGCUUGACACGUCACACAAGAAAACACACUGGAGAGAAACCUUUUUCCUGCUCGGUUUGUGGUCAAAGAUUCACUACGAAGGGAUAUUUAAAAAUACAUUCAAGGACACACACUGGUGAGAAACCUUUUGCUUGCUCAGUUUGUGGUCAGAAAUUCUCUCGUAAGGAAAGCAUAACAACACAUACAAGAACACACACUGGUGAGAAUCCUUUUACCUGCUCAGUUUGUGGUAAAAGGUUCACUCAGAAGGGACACUUAAGAAGUCACACAAGAACCCACACAGGUGAGAAACCUUUUGCCUGCUUGGUUUGUGGUCAAAGAUUUUCUGAUAAGGGAACCUUAAGAAGUCACACAAGAACCCACACUGGUGAGAAACCGUUUGCCUGCUCAGUUUGCGGUCAAAGAUUCUCUCAGAAUAGUCACUUAAGAAAUCACACAAGAAUCCACACUGGUGAGAAACCUUUUGCCUGCUCAGUUUGUGGCCAAAAAUUCACUCAGAAGGCAGCCUUAAUAUAUCACUCAAGAACACACACAGUCGAGAAUUGUUUUGCCUGCUCUGUUUGUGGUCAAAGAUUCUCUAAGAAGGAUAAGGUUAAGAGACACAAGUGUAUUGGUAAGAAUAGCUGAUCAAUGAAGCUUUCACCUUUCAUCCGAGCAGGCUUCACCAGUCCAUGCACAAUGGGUUAUUUUACUCGAUGUACCUUUUUGAAAGGCCUCCCAUGGACAAGUGUUGAUAAGUGUACUCACACUAAAAUGCUAUGUGCAUAUCAAAUAAGCAAAUGAUUGAUUGAAAUAGACUGUGAGGAAACUUUGACUUUUUGUGCUAAGGUGGAAAGCUAAGUUUGUGAUCAUGAUUAAUGACAUACUUUUUGUAAUGUAAUGUACAACCCCAAUUCCAAUGAAGUUGGGACGUUGUGUUAAACAUAAAUAAAAACAGAAUACAAUGAUUUUGCAAAUCAUGUUCAACCUAUAUUUAAUUGAAUUACAACACAAAGACAAGAUAUCUGAUCAACUUAUUUUUUUAUUUAUUUUUUUCUUAAACUUGUCCUGUUCAGCUGCAUGGCCUUGGAUCUGUAAGCCUUUGUGCUGGAACAGUUUUGCUAUGCAAACGGGAGUUUGAAAUACUCCCUCUGCUUAUUUUUAAAUGUUUUAAUUAUUCUAAUGUUUAUUGAAAAUGGAGCCAGACAGAAAAGGGUUUUAGGGGACAGACAGAGGGACAGAGUGGACAAGAGGAAUAGGGGUGUGAACCACAGCAGAACAAUAGUGAGACAGUCUAGAUAUUUGAGCACAAGUAACAUUACAACAGUCAAAUUGUGUUAUUAUUUGGGGAUUUGGGGGGAGGGGGGGGUAUGCAAUAACUAACCAAGAAAACAAGAUGAGAGUGGACAGAAAAGGACAGGACAGGAUGUGGGGAAAAUGAGUAAGGCAGUGCUACUGACGAGUGGUGUGGUGGGAUUCUUUUGUAAUGUUUAAACACUUGUAAGAACCUGUGAGUUGAUUGUUAGUAUAACCUGUGUUGUUAUUAGUAGUCCCAGCACAAGCAAUUAAAGCCUAUAUUGUGUCUAUCAAACUCAGUGAAUGAACACCAUAUCACAUACAUGUUAGUCAACUGGUGUACGGAGUUGCGGAGCCGGCACAUCGAGGAAGGGUGGACUUAGUCCCCUCCACCCACAAGGGGUGGGGGUGGGGGGGCAAGCCAGGGAGCCCCCCUCCCCCACUGGAACACCGACCAACCCCCCCACCCAACAAGCCCCACCAUCCCCACUAGCCCCACAGAGCAUGGGUGACAUAGCCACCAACUGGGCCCAACGCAGGAGCCAGCCCCCACCGAAAAAUUUAUGUAGUAUAUUCUAGGUAUCCUAAAGUAGCAGGCCCAUGUAAAGUAAUUGCAACAUGAUAAAGAAUUAAGUUAUUCAUACAGAGUAUAAGUAUCCAAAAAUACCAGGGGCCACAUGUACAAAGACUGGAGUAUGCAAAUCAUAUUUAAAUGAACUCGGCACCUGCGAUCCCAAUAUCUGCAUGAUCAGAAAAAAAGAAAAUGAGCAAGGUAAUGAAGUGGUAUGCAAAAAAAUCCUCUUUGGUACGCUGUCCUCUGGCAUUAACAAGCGAAAGAGGAGUGAAUGAGACCGCAUGUGUGCGGCUGUCAAUGCUGUGGGGUCACAACAGCGCAAACAUGCUGAACUAAAGAAAAAAGUGAUCAGACAUAAAGGUGGAUGUGAAGCGGAGGACAGCUGCCCACCGCCAAAGUGUGGCCAAAACAGGCGGAGGAACCGGCGCAGAGCGCCUCAUCCCGUUUGAGGAGAGAGUAGCUCCAAUCAUGGGUGGGACUGUUCUCUCAGGGGUGGUGGGAGCACAUGAGAGUGACUCAGAAUAUCCCACAAGGUAAAUAACAUUUAUUUUUAUAACUCAUGACAAAUGUGUUCAUCCAGUAACCUACACUCAGCCCUAUGAGAUAGAGGUUCCUGCGUAAAUGUAUGGUAUUUGUAAAAAAAUAUUUGGAAUUAAAAUAGAAGCAUGUCAGCAUAUUAAAGAGGAUAUCAAAAAGUUUGACUCCUGUUUGAUGACUCCAUUUAUUAUUUUAAUACACAGGAGAGGACACGCACACUGAAAAAAAGUCAUUUAAUUUGAACAUGUGAUUAAAAUGUGUUAAAAAUAUUUUUUUUAGGAGAAGAGUGUUAAAUUAUGUAAUUUUAAUACAUUUGAAUCAUGUGCAACCGAUGUACAUGUUGAAAUUAAGUAAAUUCAAAGGACUCUAUCAGUUCAGUCGCAGCCACCCGCUACGUUCGGGGGAUUUGUCCACCGUCCCCAGUGUCUCUGGUGUCAGAGACGUGGAAGAUUCCUCCACUGUUCCUCGCAUCACUGGUGUCACAGAUGCAGAGGAUUCGUCCACCGUUCCUGGCGUCUUCUCCGGCAUCCCCAGCGUCUCCCACGCAAUUAUGCUCUCCUGCUGCACCUGUGCACUGAUAAAAAUAGUCCUUUGAAUUUACUUAAUUUGAACAUGUACAUAGGUUGCAGGCGACCUAUGUACAUGUUGAAAUCAAAUGUUGCCGGGCGUUAAUUGUUCAUCAGUGCUAAUUGUUCAUGUGUCUCUGAUGUGCAGAUUUAUUAUAACAGUUUCCCAGCAUCACCUCAAAGUGUCGCCAAAGGACCAACAGCUGUAGAAACGUGCGUACGCCAGCCAUGAAUUUGGCGGGAGGCACCGCACAUUUCCACGGUCAUUUCACUCUUGAUACAUCUGAACUUUGGUGUGAAAAAGAACGUACGCCAUGUUUUUGUGCGUACGCAACUUUUGUACAUGAGGCCCCGGGUCUUUGCACACAUUAGUUCCCACCUUCUCCCAGGGCUGUGAAAGGAGAUCUGUGGUAAUGAGGGAUUCCUUUGUUGGCUUGUAGUGAUGCUCCUGACAUGUAAGCACACUCUGUCAGUUGGUCAAUAUCAGAAUUUAUAUUUGGCCAGUAGAGGGGAUUACGUGCUCUCCCAGGUGCCCUUAAUGGAUUUCUCUAUGCAUUUAUUUAUCCCACUCCCUAUCACAUUUAAGCAGAAGUCUGUCCACCACAGAGAGCUCUAACCGACUGUGAUAAUAUUGCUUACGUGAGCGUUUCUUCCACCCCUCUUUAGAUUUCUCAAUACUGUCGUUAGAACGUGAUCUGCUGCUGUCUCUAACAAAUGUCAAGGUCAUACAGAUGGGUAUUAAGGUUUUCUGUUGAAAAGACAAAAGUAACAGAUAUCGACCCUCAUUUCAGAAACCACAGUGCCUGGUCUGCCCUGUGACGUGAGUUACCGGGUCCGAGAAAGUGUUCACGUCGAGUGGAAGCAAAUAAUACUCCGAGACACAGGCAGAUGGGCUAAAUUACUUUUAUUGAACAAGCCUUUGUGUCUUAACAGCUGUUUUCAUGGUCAGUUUCACUAUGAGCCCAGCCCUGAAAAUCUCAUGUCACCAGUUUAUAAAGUCUCGCAUCUGUGGGCGUACUCUGAAGUGCUGCCCCUAAGCCUGAUUGGUUCACUAAGUUUUGCAUUGUACAGCUAACUUCCUCUGACUUAUACUUGGUGACACUUUUUGUCCACCAGAUGGCCCUCUUGUUAUUGAAUCACCAAAGGAAUGAAUGAGUCUGGAUUUGACUCACCAAAUGGCGAUAAGUGGCGAUCGUAAUCUUUGAUG